AUGGCGGACAGGCGGCGGCAGCGGGCCUCCCAGGACAGCGAGGACGAGUCCGACUCGGCCGCCUCCGACAGCGUCGAUUCCCCGGCCGGCCCGGUCCGCUCCGGCUCCCCGGCCUCGCCCCCGCGACCGGCCCGGAGCGUCGCCGGGACCCUGCCCGCCGGGGGCCGGGUUCGCGGGCCCGAGAGCGCGGCCGGGGCCGCCAAGAGCCCGCAGGAGUCCGAGUGUGAAAGUGAAGAUGGCAUCGAAGGAGAUGCUGUUCUGUCGGAUUACGAAAGUGCAGAAGACUCCGAGGCCGAGGAAGGGGAGUACAGCGAGGAGGAAAGCUCAAAGGUGGAACUGAAGCAGGAGAGUAACAAUGCCAGUGAAUCCACAGGAAAAGCAGAGAAAGGGGAAGAGAAACCUGACCCGAAAGGUGCUGUGACUGGCGAGAGACAAAGCGGGGAUGGGCAGGAGAGCACUGAACCGGCUGAGAAUAAAGUUGGGAAAAAGGUCCCCAAGCACUUGGAUGACGACGAGGAUCGGAAGAACCCUGCGUACAUACCCCGCAAAGGGCUCUUCUUUGAACAUGAUCUCCGAGGACAGGCCCAGGAGGAGGAAGUCAGGCCGAAGGGGCGCCAGCGAAAGCUUUGGAAAGAUGAGGGCCGCUGGGAACAUGACAAAUUCCGGGAAGAUGAGCAAGCCCCCAAAAGCAGGCAGGAGCUGAUUGCGCUCUACGGCUAUGACAUCCGGUCGGCUCACAAUCCCGACGACAUCAAGCCGAGGAGGAUGCGCAAACCACGGUUUGGGAGCCCUCCGCAGCGAGAGCCGAACUGGGCCAACGAGAGGCAAAACAAGCCACCAAGACCCCAGGGCUCUGAUAGCGAUCCGCUGCCGACACGAACCUUCAUCAGCCGGAACUCCACGGGCAUGGGUAGGAUGCCCCCAGCCAGGAACUUUCCAAGGAUGGGUGGCUACAAAGAGAACCGUCCAAGCUACCGAGCUGUGGAAGCAAACAGCCAGCACCUCUCUCGAACAGGGGAGCAGGCUAAACACGAAAGCAGUUACCGGGCAAGGCGUGUUGAACAAGCCCCGGAGAGAGACCCCUCUCCUGAAGCUGAGAUUGCGCAUGUUCACAGCAGCCCUGUCAAGAAGGAAGAGAUCAUUUUGGAAAGCCAGACCCCAAGUACAGACUCUGUACAGCCACCACCAGAUAGACCCAUCGAAAAGAAAUCCUACUCCCGGGCAAGGAGGACCAGGAAUAAAGUUGGCGAUGCAGGAAAGCUGGCAGAUGAAGUCCCGCCUCCAGAAGGAUUGACGCCCGUGCCUCCGAAACCAGUGCCGGUAGUAACGCCCCCUCCUCCUGCAAAGGCCGGUAGUUGGGAGACACCAGUAGAAUCCAGCAUGGAUGGACUCGAACAAGACAUGACUCAGUUGAAUCUAACCGAGCAGACCUGGACCCAAGGACAGCCUCCGUUCAUACAGCCUCGGGAACUUCGGGGUAUUCCUAAUCAUAUGCACAUGGGAGCUGGACCACCACCUCAGUUUAACAGGAUGGAGGAAAUGGGAGUACAGGGGGGCCGUGCAAAGCGUUACUCAUCCCAGCGUCAGCGGCCACCAGUUCCAGAGCCUGCUCCCCCCAUGCACAUCAGCAUCAUGGAAGGGCACUAUUAUGAUCCACUACAAUUCCAGGGACCAAUCUACACACACAGCGAGAAUCCUGCCCCGUUGCCCCCCCAGGGUAUGAUUGUACAGCCAGAAAUGCAUCUCCCACAUCCAGGUUUACAUCCACACCAGACACCGGCACCUUUGGCUAACCCUGGCUUAUAUCCUCCACCAGUCUCCAUGCCUCCUGGGCAGCCGCCCCCACAGCAGCUGCUCGCACCCACCUAUUUCUCCCCUCCCGGAGUCAUGAAUUUUGGGAAUCCCAGCUACCCCUAUCCCCCAGGAGCACUCCCACCACCACCUCCUCCCCAUCUGUAUCCCAACACACAGGCCCAGGCCCAGGUGUACGGAGGGGUCACCUACUACAACACUGUCCAGCAGCAAGUACAGCCGAAACCUUCACCACCACGAAGAACAUCCCAGCCCGUGACUAUCAAGCCACCACCUCCCGAGGUACUGACCCCUCUGUCGUGUGCUGCUGUGGGAGACCAUGUAGGAGCCGUUUUCCCAGUGGCCUGCGAUGUCUCUCUCUCCCCCCCUCCCUCUCCUCUCUCAAGAAAUGUGUUGUUUUCAAGAAAAUCUUCAACUGUCUAACUUUUUGACGUGUCCCAAACUCCAGCUUCUCGUUGCAGGUUGUAAGCAGGGCUCCAGUUAAUUUGAGUUUCUAAAUACUUUAAAUCUAAACCCACGUACAAAGUAAGUCCCAAGUUGUCUCUUGGUUUCCUUUUUGUUUAGAGAAAAAAAUACUUACAAAAUCCAGUUCUGACUUAGGAAAUUGUGAUUUCUCGAGAAAAAUAAAUGCUGACGCCUAGACCGUGUAGAGGCGUAAGGGGCAGGUUGAAAGUCUGUACAGAGAUGAUGAGACUCAAUUCUCUGCUGAGUACCAUUUCCCCUCUCCAGUGCUACGCACUUGUGUGUGGGUUGGUGUCCAGUGCACCGUAAGAGUUUAGUGAGCUUCUGUCACAGCGUGCCCAGAACCGCAGGGUCACUUUCCCUGCGUCAGGAGGAGAGGCAGCAUGCGCUAGAGCAGAGGGCUGGGAGUCAAGACCCCCGGGAUCGAUUCCUGGCUCUGCCACUAACUCACUGUGUGACCUUGGGCCUUAGUUUUUCCCAUCCAUAAAAUGGGAAGAAUGUGCACCUUUGUACAGUGCUUUGAGGUCCUCUGAUAAAAGGUGCUUCCGAGCUGCCUGGCGUUAACCAGUAACCGUGGGGAAAUCUCGGGCCCCAACUCCUCACUGGCCUAUUUCACUUCACCACUCUGCAGACAAAGUUUGCUUUGGAGCGAGAUCCUGGAGGUUGAAUCUGGUGGCGCAGCCGAGACAAAGGGCGGUGGGAGGACGGUGGCUGCUUUCUAGUGCCCUGGUGUGGGGACUGUUUGGCCCACCUAGGCGAUAGAAGUAACCCUAUGCAGAGAGCUUGUGAAUGGUGUGAGGAGCGCACUAACCCUGUGGCUUGCAUCUUCCCCGCUAGGGCAGUGCAAGAGAAAAAUCAAAGGAAAGGAGCAAUACGUAGAAGUUCCCGCACCGGAAUCGGCACCGCCAGCAAGCAGGAAGCUCCGACUCCGAGAAGUCCCUUUCUCCGUGCUUAGGUGAGGCCAGCGGGCCCCCACCUGCAGCAACCUGCCGCAUCAGUAUUGUGCCCAGGGCCGGGCACCCCUCCCUCUUAGGUGUUUAGUGGGGCUCUCCUGCAAACCACCUCUCUCCCCUGGGUCAUGGAGGGCAUUGAAAUACUGAACACUAGGGUUGCUCCCUAGUUACAAGUUCUUGUGAUUCUCCUCCCCCCAUUAUUAAAUGUUUGACCUUUUCCCAUCGUAGCUAUUGAAUGAAGCUGGCUUGGUUCUGUCCUAGUUUUUUGUUUGAAAAAUGAACUGGCCCUUCCUGUUAAGCUGGGUAUAGGAGUCUCUGUUGGUCAGGUAGCCAGGAAUGUAACUGCCUCCCCAAGGAAAUAUCUGAUGUUACUUUGUUUCUUCAGCUCUGAAAUUAGCAAGUUUAUUUCUGACAUUGUUUAAGCUUACAUGUCUGGGAAAGGGCCGCUGAGUGUUAGCAGCCUGACAGGAACGCGCUGGCCGUUCGGUCACCACUUAAUUUAGAAGCUCCUCCUCUUUCUUUCUGGAGCAAGCCCUGCUGGGAACUGUGUUGUGGGCAGUCUCUGUCGUCCACGUGUGUGCAAACUCUCAACCUGAAACAGACCGGAAGCAGCAUGCGCCGAGGCAGGGCAAAGUCCAGUCUCUGCUGCCCCACCAGUGCACGCUGCUUCCAGCAAAGGCAGAGCUCCUGCUGCCUUGGGACUCUCCACUAAAUGGGACCCAAAGAGGAGCAUGCGGCUCUCCAGGCAUGCCCUUGGCUUUCUGAAGAGCUGUCCUCUUGCUUGCAGGCUGCUUUUCCCUCAGCCUCGUUCUUGGGCAAACCGGCUUGGCGGGAUAAGCCCGUGUACAGUUUGUACCCAGCACUUGGGUGUUGCUUCUGUGUAAAUGGAAGGUGAUGCAACCAGCCUUAACACAUCCACUUCCAAGGACGGGCGGCUUGGUCUGAUCCCCAAGGAGGAACACUUGCUGUGCACGUACCAGAACUUAAAUGGGUUCCUCCCCCUUUGGCUCUGAAAUAGCAAAAGAGCCUUGAUCCCUGUUUUAGGAGUCUGAAGCCUGGCCCUGCAGCACUGUGGUUGCUGGAGCAGCCUGGCUUGCCCACGCUGCAGUGAUCUGGUGUCGCGUCUCUGCAGCAUAGAUCCUGCAGGGAUCGCGCCACCGCUUCCAGCUACCCUUGAGCUUGGCUUUGGCCUCUCAGCUGUUUGCAAAUUGCGUGAGGGGAACUUGGCAAACGGUUGCGAAUUCAGCUCUGGACGCGUUGGGGCUGCGUGCGUCUGAGUCGUUCAGCAGGUUACUAACAAGCAAGCGGCGUCUUGGCCUGUGAGGGAGAGGGAGGAAGAUCCCCCACCUGCCUGUUUCGGGUUGAGAUCUUUUCACGCAGAGGUGGCUUUCGAACUGAAGUACUUUUUUGUUGGUGUUUGUAAUUUAACAACCUUUUGUACUUAGUUGAAAUUAACUCAAAUGGCAUUUAAAAAGAAUCCUUUAAAUUUAAAAUGUAACUGUUCCUCUGCCUUAAGGCUGAAAUGUCUCGUGUAACAUAUCGGUCGCAGACUGACAUUCUAGACCUAACAACACUGUGAUGGCUUUUUUGUUUUGUUUUUGUUCCUGUUUUCUUUGGAGUGCACACUUGUAACCAACAUUGUAAUGACUUGGUGGAGAUGACAAUACAUCUUAGAAAGUAACUAA